AUGCAUGUGCGCCCAUGGCUUGAUUCUAAAGCGUAUUCGAUGGACCGCCCGAAUCUCGUCGUUGAGAUCCUCAACCAACAGCCACUCGUAAAGAAGAAGGAAGUCACGAUAGGCUUAUAA